AUGAAUCGCGCGGACAAAAUCGAUCCCGCGAGUCCGAGGUUGCACGUGUGGGUGUGCGAUAUUCAAGAAAAGUUUUCGAGCGCCGUCGCCGGAUUCGAUCACGUCGCGCACAACACGUCGACGAUGUUGCGCGCGAUCGACGCCAUGCAAAGUGGAUGGGGAACGAGAGUCAUCAUGACUGAACAAGUGCCGGAGAAGCUCGGGCCGACGGUGGCGUCGGUGCGGGACGCGGCCCGAGCCGUCGCGGGCGCGAGGCGUCACCGCGUGUCCAAGACGGCGUUCAGCAUGUACGAUGUCGGUAAGGCAUUCGUUGGACGGAAUUCACUCGACGAGGCGCCUGUUCGUCACGUCGUCGUGGGACUCGAGGCGCACGUUUGCGUGGUGCAAACGGUGCUCGAUUUAUUGGCGAACGAGCCCAACGGCGUCGUUUACGUGUGCGUGGACGCGGUGUCGAGCAUUCGAUUGGAGGACCGCGCGGUGGCGUUGCGACGGAUGGAGCGGGCUGGGGCGAUCUUGACGUGCACGGAGAGCGUGGUUUUCGAAAUGAUGGGUGACGCGAACCACCCUCAGUUCCGAGCCGUGAGUAAAAUCGUACGCGAAGGGGCGACGAAUAAACCAACCGACUGUGCGCCGUUACCUAGCAUUUAG